AAUCUGAACGGUCUGACUUCUACUGUAACUGUUUAAAAUAAAUACAAUGGCGACAAAGGGUUUAAAAUUCACUUGUGCAGCCCAAAAUGAAGACAUCGGCGGACUAAUAGGCGUCUAGGGAUGCUCGAGUUCAUAUGAGAUACGGCCCAGGUGGAUUCACGCUGCUGUUUCGUUGCAUUGUGGGAUUGGUCGACAGCAGCUUGUGGAGGUGGUGUGCAGUUCAGUGUACGUUUGGGCCUGUAGGAAACAGCAGGAGAUCUUCUGCUGAGGCGCGCCUUUUUGCCCGCAGAUAUUCACUUUAACGGAGCCUGUCAGCGGCAGGAUUGUCCACCAUGUCUUCACUGUUGGGGAUCGUCGUUAAGCAGGUCAAGAGCCACCCAGCUUUGAUCCCGCUCUUCAUCUUUAUAAGUGGAGGGGCAACCAUGAGUGUGCUGGCCUUGACCAGGGCGGCUCUGAAAAACCCAGACGUGUCAUGGGAUCACAAGAACAACCCAGAACCCUGGAACAAACUGGAGCCCAAUGAGCAGUACAAACUUUUUGCAGUAAACAUGGAUUACUCCAAGUUGAAGAAGGACAGGCCAGACUUCUAAGCCACCUGUGUCUGUGCCAUUGCCAUCCAUUUGAGGAGCCUUUGCACUGCUUUGUUUGUUUGUUUUUUGCCAAAUACAAACAAGCCUAUGACAGCAAAUGAAGGUUUAUUUCCAGUGUGUAGGGAAAGCAAUUAUUUACUAAUAAAUGACUAUGAAUGAAACAGGCAAUCACCUGUUUUACUGAUUGUUGAAUAUAAUUAUCAGUUUGCUGUGC